UACUGGCGUUUGACGUCAUCAACGUGCGACCAGGAAAAACUGCCCUUCGCCUAGCUAAUGCUGUCACCUCGAAAGUAAACAUAACAUCACCUAUACUGUAAAGUAUAUGGAUCGACAAUCUUAACACAGAAGCCAUUUGUGGAAAUAUAUCAUCCAAGCUUUAUUAACACAAUUCAAGUCAGAGUGAAGUGCUGAUGGCAGCUCCAAACUCCGCAGAGAGGAAAGCCUGCUGGGAUGCCAGGGACUUAUUGUGGAAGUGCAUGGAUGACAACAAUGAUAAAGCAACAGCCUGCCAGAACUUCCAAAGAGAAUUUGAGGCUAAAUGUCCAGCGCAGUGGGUCAAGUAUUUUAUUAAAAGGAGAGACUUCCUGAAAUACAAGGAGAAGAUGCAAACAGAGGGGUUCACUCCUGCUGAAGGACCUCGACAGCCUUCCUAACAAUAGCAAUCCUGACAUGUCUUCUUUGGUUUUUAUUGCCGAUUUAAAUGGAGCAAAACAGUACUGGCAUGACAGGAAUAUUGGGACAAAGGCAGACAUUUAUAAUAUAUUUACACAGUCACUGCAGUCAAUGUUGAAACACCCCACAGGAUUACGUGACCAUUGUCAAUAAAGGGGAGAGGGACUGAAUGAAGGACAAGUUAAGGUCAAAGUGAAUGUUGGAAUUGACCACCAGUAAAAUAAUGAAGAUGUUGCAUAGUAACAUCUCCAAAAACCAGACUAUGAUGGAAAAUGUGACGGUCUAGAAGCAUCACAAAGGAUGCCAACCACAAGACAAAGAAGGCUUUUAUUUUGUCAUGUUUGUGGCCUUAAGCAUUUGGUUCCAUUUAUAUAUUUUUGAGCAGUGGGGUGUAUUUAUCUGUACAGAGCUGAAGAUGACAUUUGGAUCGGGAAUGGGUUGUUUGAACAUCUCAUGUUGCCCAACUGGUCUGAAGUAUCAAAUACAACAAUAAUGGAAAAGAUCUGCAUUUAUAUUUCAUUGGAAAAAAGUGUACUAUCACUGUGGACUUAAGGAAAUGUGAUCAUGCAAUCUUUUUGAAAUAAAUGUAAAUAACAGACAUUGGCUUCAGGGAUUUUAUUCUUGU